GUGAAUGCGCUGCCGGUUGUUGCGGAGUGACGACGAGCGGGAGCGAUCACCGGCACCGAGAGGAACACAUGAGAGUACAUUUUCCUUCCUUCGGCUCUUCCACAAUUAGCUGAACUCCGAUCCGGGGAGGCCCCUGUCCAACCAAACCCAGAGAAACCGCCACCUCUCGCUGGUCGCCGGCGACAGGCGGCGACAUCAGCAAUCUUCGUCCUCUCAGGAACAAGUGAGGAUUUCCAGUGCGGCGGCCAUAUCAAAAUUGACCAGUUGAACAUGGAGGAGCUCGGUCACAACAAGGCUAUGCAAGUCUGUCGCCUCCCAAUCUAGUCUUUCUGAAGAUGAUACAUGUGCCGGCAAAUAUUUGGUAUGAGAAGCUUGUGGCAGGUGUUGCAGAGUCUGCAUCUGCAUUAACACUGCAGGAGCCAGAUGUUUCGUACUCUGGGGUGUUGCUUGACUAUACAUCAUCAGAAGAAUCUACUACUGACAGCGAUGACGACUCUGCACAAUCAGCUUCAUCGUUCCUGGAGAAAGAUAAUUAUUCUAUUGUGGAUAGGUUGAUACAUGAGCAUAACUAUUAUCCUGAUGGCAUGCCAAAGAGAGGUCCCAAGUCACAAAGAAGAACGAAUCCUAAUGAGGAACAACACCAUUUGGUUCAAGCUUUAUUGGACCAGUAUAAUGAUGACAACAAUCUUUUCGGGAAUCGUGCGCAUGCUCUCGAAAGUCUUUUGAGGCAUGAAUAUGAGAAGAAUAAGUGGUACUAUCAUUUCAAUUUCACAACAAAGACUGGGAAUCUAUUCUUUGCUGAAGUGUCACAAAGGCAAGGAGAACGUGCUUGGAAGGUCAACUGUUGCUGCAUCGUUGAUUGUAACGAAAAUGGCCAGUGCAAUGGUUAUAGAAACAAUGGAGGUCCUGAUAUGAAUCACCCCAAUAAUACUGAUGCAUAUACUGCUGGUCUCUUGGAUGGCUAUUUGCCGUUCGGUGAUGGUGAACUAAGUGGCUUUGAUGAUUUGGAAGCUGAGGCUGCUAGGCUAAGGGUUGUGUUCAAGGGUCUCGAUGAUCCAGAUGCUACGAAGAGACUCCGUCUUCGAGCCAUGCAACAACAGUGAAGGACUAGUAUGAGAUCAACAGUGAAGGCCAUGUAACAGCAGUUUUUCUAGAAACAGGUGACGAG